UUUUCCUAGGUUUUCGGUUUUUCUUUCCGACACAGAGCGCAUUGUGGUGCAUGCGUUCGUGUUUCUUUUCUCUGCUUUCCCUUUUAUUGGCCGGCUGAUAAGUUGACUUGACUGUCUCUUCGUGGUUUUCGGCUGAUCCUCACCGGCUGCAGAUAUUUCGUGUUUCCAUAAGUACUAUUUCCAUAACUUUCGUUGAACUAUCAUGCUGAGCAGCAGAGCACGUAUAUCAUUAGCCGGUGCUAGAUUUUUCACGAUCUCGACGAGGCUCGCUUCUCAAAGGGUCGCCGUGGUGCUUUCUGGAAGUGGAGUGUAUGAUGGGUCUGAAAUUCACGAAGCAACUGCAAUACUAUCUCACAUAACACGUGGUGGUGCAGAACCGGUGGUGUAUGCUCCCGAUAUUAAUCAUGUGCACGUUGUUAAUCAUCUCACUGGUGAGCCAGACAAGAAUGAAGUCAGAAGUGUCCUGGUGGAAUCGGCACGCAUUGCAAGGGGCAAAAUUCAACCUCUGAGUCAGCUAAACGUUGCUGACAUAGACGCGGUCGCAUUUCCCGGUGGUUUUGGUGCAGCCAAGAACCUGUCAAGCUUUGCAGCUGAUGGAGCUAACUGCAAGGUUAUUCCAGAGAUUGAGAAACUCAUCAAGUCUCUACAUGCUGCAAAGAAGCCGAUGGCGUUUUGUUGCAUUGCUCCAGUGCUUGCAGCAAAAGUUCUAGGCAAAGUGGAAAUAACCCUGGGACUGGACAAAGACGAUGGGUCAGGUCGGUGGCCGUAUUCCGGAGCAGUUGAAGCAGUGACGUCCUGGGGUGCUGUCCAUCACAACAGGACAGUCGAAGGAAUUGUCGUGGAUCAGAAGAACCGCAUUGUAUCAACGCCUGCAUUCAUGUACGACACGCCAAAUUUCCACGAGGUGGUUGAUGGCAUUGGGAACAUGAUAAAAGCUCUCCUGAAAUUGAUAGGAAAAUAGGUAGAUCAUCAAAAAUGUUUUCAAACUGAACCUUUGUUGUCAAGGUGAUUUUUUUUUUUUUUUCGUGUAAUAAAGUUGUCUUCCCAUU